ACCUUACUCUGCAUUAUAGUUUGAAUACAACUUUUUGCUGAAGCUCAUGGCUAUUGAGGGUUACGGAAAGGUGAUUGGUUCCUUGGAUGAUACGAUCAUCUACGCUGAACUGGCAGUCAAUGUGAUAACUUCGAAGCUUCAUCUGCACGACUUUCGUAUAAUUGAAUUCAGCAAUAUUCAUGUACAAUUGGAUCAAGCACGUUUAAUUCGUGAAUUUACUGGACUCAUUUUAAGUCCUAUCACAAAUUUGUUCAAGGAUCGAAUCACGACAUCGAUUGCUGACGGACUGAAGGAGCAAAUGCAAACCGUUAUGGAUGAUUUCAACAACGAGGAUCCUUUAGAGCUUCGCAAAUUCACAAAAAAACUAAUCUCUGGUAUAACGGGUUCUUCAACAGAUUCCACGGAGCAAACUUAGACUUAGAAACAA